CAACACAACCAUGAAUACAACAAGAAGCCUACGUGCCUUCCAGCGCACAUUCGAACACGCCUUCCACACUCACCACGCUCCCUUCCGGAUACCCCAACGCUCCAUCCGGGCCUUCUCCGUCCCAGCCGUGCGCAAACACACCCCAGCAUCUCAAGUGCAACGACAACAACAAAUCCGGUCACAGUCAUCCGACACCACCCCAGAAUCAGAAGAAAGCCUCUCGACCCACCCCGCCAAACCCCUCACCGACCGCACCGAAAGCUCCCUCUCCGAUAAAGAAACCAUCGCAGCCCGCAAAGCCCUCUCCCCGGCCUACCAACUCCACUUCACCUGCAAAAAAUGCCUCCACCGCAGCGCCCACACCGUUUCCAAACAAGCCUACCACUUCGGCACCUGCGUAAUAAAUUGCCCCCAAUGUAAUGUCCAACAUCUCAUUUCCGACCAUUUGAAGAUCUUCUCCGAUACGAAGAUGACGAUGGAGGAUAUUGCGAAGCAAUACGGAGAGAAAUUGAAGAAGGGAAAAUUGGGUGUGAACGGGGAUGUAGAAUUUUAUGAUGAGGUGGCGGAGCAGGCGAUUGCGGAGGAUGAGGCUGCGAAGAAGGCGAAGGUUGAGAAGACGGAGAGGAUUAGGGAGACUUUGGAUCAGGCGGACGGGAAUUUGAAGAAGGAGGAUUGGGAGAAAUUGAGGAAGGAGUUGCGGUCGUAAAGAUUGGGGGCUGACAAAUUACAAAAGGACUCUGCGCUGAACC